ACCCAACUUGGCUGAUGCAUAAGCUGCUCAAGUGAAGAAGAAUAUCCAGCUCUCCCGCAAGCAAGGACUGUUGUGAAAGGCAGUGAGACAUCAUGGACAAAGAUAAGCUAUCCAUCUCAGUGGCAGCCAUGAUCUGGCUGGUCCUCCUGAGGAGUUUCUCCACUGCUCUGAAUCCGGCCCUGGAGGGGGCCUGGAAUGACUGGAAAUCCACCCAUGCUAAAGUCUACUCUGAGGGGGAGGAGGAGGCAUUCCGUAGAGGCAUCUGGGAGAAGAAUCUGGUGAUGAUUGAAUAUCAUAACCAGGAAGCUUCUCUGGGGAAACACACCUACCGGAUGGGCAUGAACCAGUUUGGUGAUUUGACUCAGGAAGAGUUUACUCAGCAGAUGAAUGGCUUCCAUCCUGACCUGGCCAGCGUACCCAAUGGGAAAGUGCCCGUCUUCCAUGAAUCCACCACGCUGGAGACUCCUAAGAGUUUGGACUGGCGUGAACAUGGAUAUGUGACCCCAGUAAAAAACCAGGGCAGAUGUGGGUCAUGUUGGGCAUUCAGUGCUACCGGUGCUCUGGAAGCAUUGCAUUUUAAUAAGACUGGAAAGCUCAUCUCUCUGAGUGAACAGAAUCUUCUUGACUGCUCCUGGAAGCAGGGGAAUCAUGGAUGCCAAGGAGGGCUAAUGGAUUCAGCCUUUCAGUACGUGAUCGAUAACAAAGGCAUCAACUCGGAGUGCACCUACCCAUAUGAGGGAAAGGAGAGACGCUGUCGUUUCAAAGCUUGGGAUCGAGCAGCCACCUGCACUUCCUUUGUAAAUAUUAUUAAAGGAGGAGAGCGUACCUUGGAACAAGUUGUUGCCACAGUUGGCCCCGUUUCCAUUGCUGUGAAUGCUGACUUGUUCCAGUUUUAUAUUUCAGGAAUUUUCAAGGGCUGCAGCAAGAAGCUGGGACAGCUGAAUCAUGCCAUGCUGGCCGUUGGCUAUGGUACCUCCAAGAUAUUUGGGAAACGAUUUAAUUAUUGGAUCCUGAAGAACAGCUGGGAUACAACUUGGGGCGAGGGAGGCUACAUGAGGCUGGCAAAAGGAUCCAACAAUCAAUGCGGCGUAGCAACCCAUGUCAGCUUCCCUAUAUGAUGAUCAGCCAAGGGCCAACCACAGUCCCUUCUUCCAGAACCUUCCCAGCUUCAGCGCUACAAGCCUUCGACAGCUGAGUUGCUUCUGCUUAUUUCAUCAUUACCCACACAGGGGGAAAUGACAUUCUGCAGAUCUGAAACUCCAGGACGCUUACAUCAGUUCAGCAUGGCUUCCAUAUUUGGCGAAGUCUGCUUAAGGUUGAAUUUCUUGGAGAUACAGCUCCAGGAGCAUCGACUCUUUAGACCAGUGAUUCUCAAACUUGGGUCCUCAGGUGUUAUUGGACUUCAACUCCCAUAAUCCCCAACCAAAGGCCACUGAGGCUGGGGAUUAUGGGAGUUG